CGUUUUUUACGUAUUUAAAAAGUGUUGACAAGAAAAUAAAUAGGAAAGCCGUUGUAAAGCUGAAGCCGAGCCGAUAAGCUGCUUUCUAGUACACUUGUCUUUCUUUCUUGGAAGCAUAGAUCGUGUGUUGUGUAACGCGGCCUCUGGCUCUUGCUAUAUAUAUCGUCUUUCUCAUUUCUCAAUCCUCUGUGUACCUCUCUCUCUCUACCCUCUCUGAACUAAUAAGAAGCAAAGUCAGCGAACAAAGAAGUUAAAAAGAAUCUUCGCUUGUUUGCUUUUUUGAACUCACGACUAUGAGGAUUGUACGUGCUUCGGAGAACUUCUCUGCGGAGCUGAAGGAGUUCCUCUGCGCCGCUGUGCAGAGGAGGAGAGACGACGACGGGUUCCGCGGGUCAGGAGGUGGUAAAUCGAGAAAUGCGAUGGAUCUUGAUCCCGACGGUGGAAACAGGUUGGUUUGUGUUACCGGCGGCGUUUCGUACCUUGGUCGCGCCAUUGUUAAGCGGCUUCUUGUUCAUGGCUACACCGUGAGAAUCGUCAUCGACUGCGAAGAGGACAAAGAGAAAGUUAGCGAGAUGGAAGCUGACGCUGAAACGGCAUCGUUUAGUAAUAGGAUAACGUCGGUAGUCUCGCGGUUAACAGAGAUAGAGAGUUUGGUUAAAGCGUUCGACGGUUGUGCUGGCGUUUUUCACACCGCAGCAUUUGUCGAUCCAGCAGGAAUCGCUGGUUAUUCGAAAUCAAUGGCUGAAUUAGAAGCAAAAGUGAGUGAGAAUGUAACAGAAGCAUGUACAAGAACAGGGUCAGUGAGAAAAUGUGUCUUCACAUCAUCUCUCUUAGCAUGCGCUUUGCAAGAAAAUUUCUAUAACGACCUUGAUCACUCUGUUAUCAAUGAAGAAAGCUGGAGCGAUGAACAAUUCUGCAUCAAUAAUAAGCUUUGGUAUGCACUUGGAAAACUGAAGGCUGAGAAAGCUGCGUGGAGGAUCGCAGAUUCAAAAGGAUUAAAGCUUGCCACUAUAUGUCCUGCUCUUAUAACUGGUCCUGACUUCUUCCAUCGUAACUCCACUUCAACUUUGGCUUAUCUCAAAGGAGCAAAAGAGAUGUAUAGCAACGGGUUACUAGCGACUAUGGAUGUGAACAGGUUGGCUAAAGCUCACGUACGUUUAUGGGAAGGUCUGGGUGAUAAAACCGCCUUUGGUAGAUACAUUUGUUUCGACACCAUUCUCUCAAAAGAUGGCGCUGAAAAGCUUGCUAAAGAUAUUGGUGUUCAAGUCGAAAAGAUUUGCGGCAGUAGCAGCGAUUCAAACGCAAACGCAGAAACUUCUACUCGUAAUUUAAAAAUAUCAGAUAAAAAGCUUUUUGAUCUCAUGUCAAGAACUCUAAGAAGUUGCUAUCAUGAAAGUUAGCUAACAAUUAAAAUGAGCAGUUUUAAGAUAGCUAUGUUAUGUUUGCUCUUGUUAUUUUCUUCUUUUUAUAUCAUGCUUCAUUUCUUAA